AUGGCGACUUUCAUUAUUGUAUGUGAAGAAGAAGAGCGAGCUUUACACCGUGAGCGUGUUUUUCGAGACCGCUCACAGAUUCUAGACACAUUAUCGGAUGAUGUGCUUGUGGCGAGGUAUAGGAUGCCUCGUCACGCCUUGUUCAUGCUGAUCAACAAGGUUCAGCCACAUAUUAUGCCAGAUACCAAGCGUUCACACGCACUUUCCCCUGAAACCAAGGUGUUGACUACCCUAAGAUUUCUCGGGAAGGGUGAAUUUUUUGUUGAACUUGGAGAUCUUAAUGGUAUAUCCAAGUCAAGCGUAUCUAGGCUGCUUCGUCCUACCAUUCAGGGUAUAUGUGAUGCGUUGAAUAAUAUUUCCAUCGACCAGACACGGGGGAGUAUCAUUAGGACAAAGAGUGAUUUUUUCAAACUCGCAGGAUUUCCUAAGGUCAUUGGUGCCAUUGAUGGGACUUUGAUCCCGAUUGCGAAGCCCCCUGCUGACGAAGAGGCUGCUUUUGUGUGCAGAAAAGGCUUCCAUGCCAUUAAUGUGCAGGCAGUAUGCGAUGCAUCCCUCGGAUUUACUAAUGAUGUGGCAAGAUGGCCAGGAUCUGCACAUAAUUCCUCCAUUCUAAACAACAGUAUCAUUGGACAAACAUUCCAACAUGAUUGCCCAGACGGUUUUCUCCUUGGAGAUUCAGGAUAUGGGUGUCGACCAUGGUUGUUGACCCCCCUGGCAGAUCCAAGCACCCCGGCUCAGCAGAGAUACCAAUUAGCACACUGCAAGACAAGAAAUGUGGUAGAGAGGGCUUUUGGUGUCCUGAAAUCACGAUUCAGGUGUUUGCACAAAAGCACUGGAUACCUGCCCUUCUCUACCAAGAAAUGCUGCAAAGAAAUUUUGGCGUGUUUCUACUUACACAACUUCUGCAUAGACCUGCGCCUACCCCAACCAGAACCCAUGGAGGAAGACAACACAGAUGACCCCUACCAAGGAGCGGUCAAUGACGGCCACCAAGUCCGACAACACCUCAUUGACUAUUUCUUCACAGCAUGA